AUGGCAAACAUCGAGGAGGAAUACAAAGCCAAAAACUGGGAAGGCCUCCGCACUCCGGCGCUCCAGCGGGCGCGCCAGAACAACGUCACGUCGAUUGAGCGUCUGCUCUUAUCGGUGUGCCUUUUCGACGACGACGUUGAAAAGGCAGCCUUCUUUCUCUGUCACUACAUGUUGACAGUGCCGUCCGGGCAGGCCAUCACGUACCGCAACGUGGCCUCGCUCCAGCGUUUGGCUCCCGCCGCACGCCGCCACGUUGCAGAGGUGGUCUGGUACCCCGUCAAAGGGCACGACAUGCACACGCUCCUCAUGCGCGGCGCGCAGACUAAACACCUUGUUGGCGGGGCUGCGGACUUCGUUGGCGCCUUGGCUCUCCAAGGCGAAACCCUCGUUGGUGGUGAGUACAGAGCACCGGUGAUCGACGCGGUGGGCAACGUGGUGGCCCACGUGGAUCUCUCGGACCUUGAGGCUUUCCUCAGUGGCGUCCAGGCUACGGGUGCGCAGCGCUACCGCACGGUAGAGGCGAAGCUGGCCUCCCUGGUCACUGCUGCGAAGUCCAAGCAGCGCCGGCAACGCCUCUCUCACUGGGAUACGCAAAACUACCGCUAA